AUGCGACUCUCGCCGUUAUCUCGUAAACACGAUGCACACGGUGAUGAGGUCUGGUGCGUCGCCUUUGACGCGUCGUCGUCGUCGUUAUUCACCGGAUCGCUCGAUGAAUCCGUCAAGCGCUGGGAUGUGACAUCGAGCGAGGGCGACGGCGGUGACGACGGACCGAUCGAUGCCCUGAGCUCGACGCACGCGUACACGGGACACGCAUUAGGCGUGGUGUCCCUGGCGACGUCCACGGACGGGCUCGUCGCGGCGUCGGCGUUAGAUGGGGUGAUUCGCGCGUGGGACGCGAGCACUGGGGAGACGGUUCUGGCGCUCGAGAGCGCGCCCGCGGAGUCGUGGGGCGUGGCGUUCGAUCCAUCGAGCGGAUCGGCGAAUCUCGCGGUCGCGGGAGGGGUGUCGCAGCGUGUGAACGUGCACGACGCUCGAACGGGUGAGAAGAAACAGACGAUGGAGCUUCCGGCGACGACGGCGGAGACGCCGAAAAACGGACGAUUCGCCCACUGCGUGGCGUACUCGCCGGAUGGGAAGCGCAUCGCGUGCGGUGCGUCGGACGGCACGGUGGCCAUCUUCGACGUGAAGACGGGAAAAUGCGCGAGUUCGCUCACCGGACACGCCUCCCCGGUGCGAGACUUGACGUUCUCUCCCGACGGGAAGACCCUGUACACGGCGUGCGACGACGGCUACGCGCACGUCUACGACGCCCACAACAAAUCACUCAUCGACUCCCUGGGCGGUCACAAGAGUUGGGUCUUAUCCGUCGCCGCGCAUCCCGACGGCAACGCCCUCGUCACCGCGUCCUCGGACUCCACGGUGACGCUCUGGGAUCUCUCCUCGCGCGCUCGAGCGCACGUCGCCUCGGAUCGCGCCGACGCCGCGUGGUGCGUCAGAUUCUCUCCCGACGGCACCAAGCUCGCGUGCGCCGGCGCUGAUCGUUCCGUCUCCCUCUUCGCCUUCGCCUGA